CAGUAAUACGGGACGGACUGACCUGUGCGUGGAUUCAUUCAGCGAAUAUUCUCAUAUUUACGUUAAAAACACGUUAAUAUUUCAGCACGUUGUGUAAAAAGACAUAACGAAAAUACUUAUAUUUACAACCAGGGAGUGUAGACUGAAUAUUAAAGUGACGAGUUUAUAUUUGCUCCAACAUGGCGGCUGCUCUCUCCUCUUCAAACUGACUGUUUUGGGCAAGAAGCUGAAGAUGUUACUCACAGCUCGCCGCCUGUCCAAAGUGCUGCAGCUCACCCUGGCGGUCAUCAAACCAGAUGCUGUGGCUCACCCUGUGAUGCUGGAGGCUCUUCAUCAGAGGAUCCUGGACAACAACUUUGUCAUUGUUAAAUGCAAAGACCUCGUGUGGAGGAGACAGGACUCGGAGAGGUUUUACGCUGAACAUUCAGGGCGAUUCUUCUACCAAAGACUAGUUGAAUUCAUGUCAAGUGGUCCGGUGCGAGCGUACCUUUUAGCCAGAGAGGAUGCCAUACGUCACUGGAGAGAACUGAUGGGGCCAACUAAAGUUUUCAGAGCCAGAUACACAGCGCCCGAGUCUAUCAGGGGCCAAUUUGGACUCACAGACACACGAAACACCACUCAUGGCUCAGAUUCCAUUGAGUCGGCACGGAGAGAAAUCGAUUUCUUCUUCCCAGACUUCUGUAUGGAGGAGUGGAUGGACAAAGAGGAGCCAUUGUUCAGAUCUGGACAAAUACAUUAUGACCAUGAAAAACAGAUACACACUCUUUCAACCCAAAGCUGACCUCAGAACUGCUCAGAAUCCCUCAAGACUACGUAGAAAGUCUGCAAUAGUUUGUCGAUUUGCUCACAAAAAUGCCAUCUGCCAGAAAAGAUGCUUCAAUCCUACAUGCUCUAUAUAAAAUUGAUGUGUGACCAUCCCUAAACGUGCAUGUGCCAAUAUGCUUAUCCCUAGUCUUUGUACUUUCCUUGAAUAUAGAAAGCUUAUAAGUCGUAUAAAUGAAGGACCAUAAAUGUUUUCGUUUAAUUUAUUAAACAAGAAAUUACUAUGUAAGAAAAUGCAACACCUUUCUGUACAAAACGACACAACGCGUAGAGGACAAUGUUCCACACCGUCGACACUAACUCCAAGCUUCACUGUAAAUAGUGCAAUCAUCACAAUCACUUUCCUGAGCCCUACAGAUCGUAGCACAGCAGCAACUACAUGUUGUGUAUUCAUAUAUGUUGGGAGAAACGAUUACAAAUUAUAUUUCAACACAUCUAUCCUCAAAGCAUCCUAACAUGUGGAUGAGAACGCGUUUUAGAUUGUAGUUCACUUGAGAAAUUCAACAUUUGCCCAAAAACUAUUUCCUGUCCUCAUGUAUGUUUUUCAGGUCUGAUACUGUAUGUACUGUCAUGUUUUGUAUGUUCUAUGACUAAUCUACAGUUUAUCAUGUCAAUGUAGUAACAGGCACCAUAGCAUAACAUCAUACAGUGUAUACUUUUAAAGAAGAAAAUCCGCCAUGUUGUCAGGACUAGCUAUAUUGUACAGCUCAGAGUCUCAUCUCUCCUGUGCUUCCAUCAGCCGUCAGAUUUGAAACAAAGACUCCAUCAGUUCACUUUGUCAUCUCUUUUAGUUCAGCUUCUUCCAGUGCCCCCUGCUCUCAGGUGUUUUCUGUGUUCACCUGUUUGAGGUUUUCCGAGGGUUUCAUAACCUCGUAGGUGGUGAGGGACUUCUUCACCUUCCCGUUCUUGUCCACCUGAUGGAUGCUCUGCGUCACCGUGAUGGUCACCUGCUUGGUCGACAUCCGAUUGUCCUGCCAUUUAGUCUGAUGAUGAUGAUGAAGGAAGGAGGAACAUGGGAUAUUAAAAAUAUAUACCAA